GGCUCCGCCCCCUUCUAUCAAACAUUGCGGAAACAGAUUAAUUAUUGGCCUAAACAAGAUGGGGGCAGCGUUGGACACUCCGGCCAGGUGUCCUCUCUGUAACGACACGACUGGGGACCCAGUCACCCUAAAAUGUAACCACCGGUUCUGCCAACGCUGUAUUGGAGACUUAUGGAGCGUUGCCCCGAACGGACCAUACCACUGUCCGGAGUGGAGGUGCAAGACUGUGUAUCAGACGCUGCCGUUUGAUAAAAGUUUGAUUCAGACCCGUGUCCCGGGUAAAUGGGCAGCGCCUCCCACUGCUGCAGGCACAUCUGCUAAUGAUAAUCAAUCGGCACUGGACUCAGAAUUAAGGAGACCUUCACUCACUAGCCGCCUUCUUGGGAAAAGAAAAGCCAGCGCACCUGUUUCAGAGCAGCAUGUCACAAAGAAAGCAACUCCCUCUCAUCCUUUCACUGACACCGGGACUUCCACUUCUUCUUUGUCAGAUAAACCCGGGCAGUCGACUCCUGUGUUGACAUCUGAAGUAGCAGCAAGUCCAGCAUCUACACAGUCUGAACAUGGUGAUGGCACAUUCAUCAGCAAGAGCUCUGACAGCAAGGUACCUCCAAACGAUGAACUCGGAGACUUCCCGGUCACACAGAACCAACACAAAUCAGACGACUCCGACAGCUCCAGUGAAGUAGAUCUGUGUGACGCUCCUCAUCCUCCAGCCUCCAAGAAAGAGACGGGUGUGACAGGAUCUCGUGUCUCACCAAAGAAGCCCAUCUUGCCUGCCAGCUCUAACUCCAAUCCUGGUGUCUCGGAUCCUGGGAGGAAACCAGAUCCACCACAGCAAGACAGCAAGUCACCUUUGAGCUCUACUAAGAGUCCUGCAGCUGCUUCAGGUCCCUUGAGUCGCACUUCCAUCUUCCUGAGGCCUCAGAACAAAACCAACAGCCCUGUCCCCUGCCAUUAUUGUCCUAAAGCUGCAUGUGAGCCAGCAGUGAAGACCUGCCUGGUGUGUGGAGCGUCCAUGUGUAAAGAACACCUCCGUCCCCAUCUGGACUCACCAGUCUUCCAGAAUCAUUCCCUAGUUCCUCCUGUGGAGGACAUUUCAUUGUGGAGGUGCCAGGAGCACCAGGAGAUAAACCGCAUCUACUGUCGACAGUGCAGCGUGUGUGUGUGUACGGUGUGUACCGUCAUCGGCUACCACCGGGACCACGUCUUCAUCAGCAUCAGGGAGGCAGAGACGGAGCUCAGAACGAACCUGAAAGACGAGAUCAAACACCUGCAGGAAGCUGAACAGAAGGUUAAGAACAGACUCGCUGAACUCACGGGGAAGAAAGAAACUUUCAGAGUGGAUUUAACGGAGGCACAAGACAGAGUGAAACAGCAAUAUGGAGCCAUCAGGGAGGCCCUGGAGCAAGAGGAGCAGUCAGCUCUUCAGUGUGUGACCAAGGAGGAGAACAGGGUCUUGGGGGGUCUGGAGAAGAAACUUGGUGUCCUUCAGAGAUCUCUGGAGUCCAUCCAGAGUGGGCUUCACACACUGGAAAACCUGGCUGAUGCCAGAGGGGACACACGUAUUCAAGACCAGGCCUUCAUUAUGGAAUACAGCAGAACAUCUGAACUGACUAAUGAGGUGGGGAACUGUGUGGAGCUGUUCGAGGCCCCAAAAGUGGAAGAAGUGGACCAUGCUCGUCUGAACUGUCUGCAGAGAUGGACAGAGAGACGUCUGGACAAGGUCGUUCUCGCCAUGCCAGGCAAAGACGGAGACCUCUACAGGUUGCUGUAUGGCACCAUUCCUGUCUUGGAUGCGGACACGGCCCAUCCGAAGCUGCAGCUGUCCGAUGACAACAGGAGUGUGGCCUACGCCGAUUCCCAGCAGGCUUACGUGGAGCACGAAGGUCGCUUCAGCUCCUUCCCUCAGGUGCUGGCCUCCUCUGCCCUGAAAGGGGGUCGCUGGUACUGGGAGGUGAGGGUGUGUGUAGACGACGGCCGCUGGAAGGUGGGUGUGUGUGAGGGUCAGAUAGAAAGGAAGGGCCAAAAGGACAGCUCUCGGCUGGGGUUCAACAGCUACUCCUGGUGCCUGGCGUGCGAUAAGAAGAAGGUGGAGGCGCUGCACAGCAAGGAGUCGGUCCCUGUGAAGGCAGAUGGGCUGCAGAGAGUGGGAGUGUUCCUGGACUUUGAAGAGGGCAGUUUAUCGUUCUUUAAUGUGACACCAGGGGGCAGUCUUGCCUUACUGUACUCCUACCAGCACAGAUUUUCUGAGCCUCUUUACCCAGCAUUGUCUGUGUCUAAAACACAGCUCACCAUUUGUGAUCUGUUUUAGACAUAAAUGGAACAGAUCUUUAGGAAAUGAUUGAAAAAAGAACGACUGAAAUAAGUUCCUUGUUCUGUGAUUUACUUUUUUCAGUAAACGUUCAGCUGAAAGUCUACUGUAUAAAGAAAAGUGGAUCAUUUUUGUGCAUUGUUUUAAUUAACCGCUUGUUUUUGUUUUAAAUAGGAAAAAUGUGUAUGUUUCUCUGACAUGUUGGUUUUCUGGUGCCAAAUAUUUUUUUGGCACUGGAAUUGUACAAGACAACUAAAGUCUUAUUCGGGUUUUUAUACAACAUUCCAACGAGCAUCACACCACUUUGCUGUCUUCAAACAUGAUUUUUAACAUUCCAACUGUCUUUUAUUUUUAAAUCAUUGCCAUGUUUGUCCUUUCAUAAAAAUAAAAUGUGUUCCAAAAACAAA